AUGGAUAGGCCUCAUAUUCCAGAGAUAGCUUGUGGUCGUGAACGAUCGGGGUCGCUUCAUAAUCAUGAGGAGUGCAUCAUUCGACUUUCCAUUGGCAGGGUUGAGGUAGAGGGAGCUGACUUUCAGACGGUCGAUGCUUAUGCUUACCUUGGUUCCUUUACUAUGGGCGGCAACUGUUCGGAUGAAGUAUUUUAUAAGAUUUUUACGACUAAUAAAUCACUGGUUGUUUCCGCCCCAACUGGUUCGGGAAAAACUGUAAUUUUUGAGCUGGCGAUUGUCAAGCAGUUGAAUGAUUACGGAACAUCGUCUCAAAAAGAUCCUUUCAUCAUAAUUUACAGUAGGUCAAAUAGUUGCAACCUACUGUCAUUAGUCGCUCCAACUAAAGCUAUUUGUUCCCAAACUUUCAGUGAAUGGAAUAGAAAAUUUUCCAGGUUUUGCCUGAACUGUUUAACGUCAACCGGAGAUUCGGAGUUUGUGGACAUUCAGAACCUUGGUAGCCAGGUUUUACUCAUAACAACACCGUUUUGUACAACUAGAAGUGGUGCUGUUAGAACCGCGGCAUACAUUUUGAGACAUAUUCAUCUUACAGUGAACUCUGAGGCUGCCAGAAACCGAAAAUGUUAUUCUCAACAUACAAGGAAUGUUCAUUUAAAAGAUUUUCUAUCAAAUGGUGUCGCAUAUCAUCAUGCUGGAAUGGAUGUUGAAGACCGAAGACUUGUUGAAGAUGCCUUUAGGUCAGGCUGCAUCUCGGUCUUGGCCUGUACUUCUACUUUGGCAAUGGGAGUUAAUUUACCAGCUCACUUGGUUAUUGUAAAGAACACAGAACAGGUGAUUGACGGUGAAAUGAUCGGCUAUAGUUCAACACAGUUAUCACAGAUGGUUGGAAGAGCAGGACGUCCACAGUUUGACAAUGAAGGAGUUGCAGUUAUUAUGACUACAGCUAAUCUCAAAGUUUGUGUUGUUAAAUCACAUUUAACAGAACAUUUACUGUGUGAAAUUAUUUUGAGGACGGUAUAUGACUUUGACAGCACUUUGAACUGGAUUAAAAACACGUUUUUGUACGUCCGAAUAACCAGAUGUCCUCAGUUCUAUGAUUUAAGUGAAAUAAUUUUUAAAAAUAAUCUGCAAUUAGAUACAUUUUUGAAAAUGUUUCAGUUAUCUGGUGAAGAAUCCGUUGAAGAUCUGCUUUAUUUCAUAGCCAGUUGCUCAGAGAUGAAUGAUAUCCGCCUGAGACAUUGUGAAAAGUCAUUGCUUAAUAACAUAAGUAGAGCCAAAGGUCGAUCAAGCCUGAGAUUCCCGAUUCAUUCAAGAAUUAAAAAUGCUUCCUUAAAAGUUGUUUGUCUAAUACAAGCCCAGCUAGGUCAAGUUGCAAUAAACGAUUAUUCAUUGAAACAAGAAAGUGAGAAAAUAUUACAAUCAGCUUUGCGUAUUUUGAAUGGUUUAACUGGUUUGUUAUGGCUUUAUGACUGUCCAUCGAAUAUCUAUUCUAAAAAUCAUGAACGAAAUUCAGAUAACUCAACAAUCCCCUCAGUUGCAACGAAAUAUCCAUCUAUGUUGAGUGCAUUAGAAUUACGUAAAUCUGUUCAUUUUCGUCGUUGGUUAAAUUAUCCACUUAUAAAUUUAUAUGGUUCAUCUUUACUGACUGAAAUGCAAAUUGAAAAAUUAAUUGGAGCUAAACUUCUAACCUGUAACGCCAUUCAACAGACUGAAUCUGGAAAAUUAGAAUAUAUUCUUAAUGAAACACCACCGUAUGGAAGAAAACUACUUGAAUAUUUAGAUAGUAUUCCUAAAUAUGAACUAGAAGUAGAACAAAAGUCUGGUUACGACUCAACAAAUAUUGGACUGAUAUUUACCAUUACCCAAAAGAAUAACUGCAGAGAUUGUGCAGUUUUAUUAGUAGGAAGUGCAAAAAAAUAUCUAGUUAAAAAAUGGCUACUUGAAUAUAGAAACUCGGAUGAAACUAGCGUUAUUACAAGACAAUUGGAACUUCCGAAUGAUGAAGCGUUGAACCCAUUAAGUAUAAGCUUGAUUAGUGUAAAUUAUGGAGGUGUGGAUCUCCAUACGAAAUAUCACUUUAUUUCCUUAUCAAAUAAGUAUGAUAGACUAACUUCAACUCCAAACAUAUCAACCAAAGAUUUCAUUCAAAAUGAAUUAUCGAUUGGUUACACAGAAUUGAUCACACAACAACGUCACUCACCAAAAAGAAAUACUGACAACACUAAUGGUAAUAAUAAACUAAAUUUAUGGCCAGAGCCUACUUCAUCAUUCAUAAAUAAUAUAAACAGAUCGAAUGAUAAAAAUAAUAACGAUACCUUUUUGAAUUUAAAACUGCCUUUAACUCCAAUCGUCAAUAAAGCAAAACAAUCAAGUAAGCAAAAUUUGAAAUUAAAGAAAUGUACAAUGAAUAUUCAAACUUUACGAAAUCAAAAAGAAAUACAUUACAAAACACCAUUUACAUUCAGAUGGACGCCGAUAAAUGAUACGAAUGAACAACAGUCACCUAAAACUCCCUUAUUACAAACAUCUAUACUUGAUUAUGUGCGGAGUAAAUGUAAGGAUUCACGAUUAACUCUUUCAACAUACAAACAGACAACGAAAGUAAAGAAUUAUUCUAUAUCAGAAUCAUCUGAUAAUGAUGAACCUUCAAUUCAGAAAAUAAGUCGUAAACGAUUUAAAUGGGAUCCAGAGGAUAAAAUUGCAAUGGAUAUAGAUUUGAGUCAGAGUUCAACGUUCACCCUUACACCUGUAUUAGAUGGAUGCAGUUAUACAAAAGAAACACCAACAAUUCCUUAUAUAUUAUUAAAAGAUAAUACACCUGAUUUAUCCUCCAUACAAAGAUCAUUUAUUAACCACGAUCUCCUUUGUGCGUCAUGUCCACCUAUAUGUGAUGGAUCUUCGAAAUUAAGAUACUUAACUAAGAAUUCAGUAAACUUAGAAUCAAUGCAAAAUCAAAACUCAUCAUUAUAUUCGAAUAUCAAACAGGAAACUGAAUUAAGAUCUGAUUGUUCAAUCAAAUCCGACUGCCUAAAUAAUAACUACAACAUAAAUCACAUGCAUGACGAGGAAUCAGUUAAAUACGACGACGAUCAAAUUUCAACACCGAUAAAAAUGGUGCAAUACAGGCCUGACUGUACAACGAAAGCAAAAUUCAACGAACAUGAUACAGUUGUAUUAACUGAUCUAUCAAAAUCUAAUUUUCCACUUCAACCGUAUAUGGUAGAUAUUGCAAACUGUACUCCUCAUCGAGAAGAAAAUUCUACUACUGUUAUGACAGAAAUAGAAUCAAAUUUUGGCAAUACUGGAAAUUCAACUCUUGAAAUUUUGGAAUUAAAUGAAAAAAGUUUUAAUAAACCUAAAGAUUUGAAAGUUUUAAAAUCAGUUCAAAAUAAUCAAUCUAGAAAGAUGAAUGAAUGUACACUACAAUUACAAAAGAAAAUAACAUGGUCAAAAGAUAUCACUGUCAACAAUGCGAUUCAGAAAAAACAGAAAAACCAAUGGAAAACUGAAAAUGAUCAAUUAUUAUACGAAUUAGAAAAAUCAUUUUCGGUUGAUUAUCAACUAAUUAACGACGGAUGGUGUGAAUUGGCAUGUUUAAUCAAAUUUUCUGAAUUAGGUCUACUUCACGAACAAAUAAAGCCUAACUCCAUAUCCACAGGGACAGAAACUCCUCAACCUUCUUGCUCCGAAAUGCAACUCAAAUAUGAAAAGCAUAAAGAGGAAAAGCGAGUGUACAAUACAAACAUACCGAACAGUGCACCAACUACAUUAGCUCUAAAACAAACUGGAAUUGGAAUAUUGGAUUUAUCCCUAACUCCUGAUUCAUACAUUAAAGAAGAAUGA